CGGGAAAAAUAUGGCGUCCAAGCGAGUUUUGCGCGCGUGCAAGUUGCAGGGCCUGUCACUCCACGCCGACGCACUGCGACGCCUCACCGAUGAGCUUACCAAUGAGGCGUCACCACAGCUAGAAGAUGUCAUCUACGCCAUUAAGAAUAAUAUCGACCGUAGCAAGAUGACGUCAUCGGUGGUGACGCUAGAGGCUUUGGAGAGCGCCCUGGACACGCUGUUGGCAGUCUCUGCUGAGAAUGACUACGAACAAAUUCAAGUAUUUGGUGCCUUCGACACUCCCAGACUGCACUUCAACACGCACAACAACUCGUACGAGCUGAGAGCAGACGCCCACCGCCGACUCCACGCUGGACCAGAGUCGAGAAUUCAGCUACUGAGGAACAGAUUCAUGUCUGUAGAUCUCCGUGUCAAGCGGAAUCGACUGUUUGCACCGCCAUCAGCUGCAGUGGCGAACACAACGGAGUACAUGGAGUUAUCGCGUAUUGAAUCGCUGCUGGGUGUGAGUGGAGUGCGUCGUGUGAUUGGCAUGUUGGGCCAGGAUGAGCGUAAAAGAUUCUACUUGGAAGACUUUACUUCGCGGAUUAUCAUCGACCUGACCAAUGCAGCGUACACGGACGGCCUCUUUACGAUCAAUUGUAUGGUGCUGGUGGAAGGUGAAGUUAUCGAUGAUGUGCUUCAUGUUCAGUCGAUGGGUUUCCCACCUCCAGAGACCAAAGAAGCGUCUUUGGAAGUCUUGGGAGGAAUUGAUCCACUGGGUGUGGAGGUGUCAGCUCAACAGCGGGAGCAGAUUCGAGAAUUGGAAGCGAGCGAUCACCACGCUACGUUCAUUGUGCUGUCGGACGUUCAUCUGGACGAUCCUCAGGUUAUGAGCAAGCUGGAUGAGCUUUUCCAGGGUCUGGAGAGUGUUCAGCCCACGCUUUUCAUCCUUAUGGGCGACUUCAUGUCCACGUCUAUCGGUGGAGGUGCAGGAUCCAACUCGUUGCAAGAUCUGCGUGAGUACUUAGAGGAGCUCGGAAACCUCAUUCUGAAAUAUCCUGGCAUCGCUGAAAACUCGCGGUUCAUUCUGGUACCCGGACCGAAUGAUCCGGGCUCGUCAAGCGCAUUCCCACGCCACCCACUUCCUGAUCUGUGCACUCGCGAACUCAUCCGCAAAGGCCCGAACGUCACCUGCAGCACUAAUCCGUGCCGGAUCCGGUAUUACACUCAAGAUAUCGUGAUCUUCCGUGAUGACCUGCAGCAAAAGAUGCAACGACAUGCUAUCCUGCCACCGAUGCCCAGUGAACAAGAAGAAGCGGAGAUGGGUGAAGAUGGAGAAGCUGUCCAGUCGGUUUCUCAAAAGGAUAUCUCCAAGCAUUUGGCGAAGACGCUCAUCGACCAAGCGCACUUAUGUCCACUGCCGCUCAUGGCGAAUCCGAUCAAUUGGGACUUUGACUCGUCGCUCCAGCUCUUCCCAGCACCGGACGUGCUGAUCUUGGGUGAUUCGACAGAGCAAUACCAACUUGGGUAUUCUUCCGUUGGUGUCUUCCACCCUGGUCCAUUCCACGCCGACUACUCGUUCGUGUUCUACCGUCCUAGCACCAACACCACGGAGUUCAGUCGCGUCGAAUAAGUUCGUCAAGAAUAAGACACUCCUGUAGAGCACGAUGAAUGCAAAUACUACUCUUGAUAGACUUUAGAGGACGUUGGGGGACACUUUGUCAGACUAGUCAGAAUUACACGAUAUUUUAGCAUCCUCUGUGACAUGUUUCAUUUACAAAUACGAAGU